AAAAACGUAUGCGGCCUAGUUAUCGGAGGCGGGGGAUACCUACAAAUUGUACGUUGGAGGAGAUAAAGAGGAGCCACAAGGGAGGCGGAAGAGAUUAAAGAUAAACAAAGGAAGUGUUCAACUCAUAUGUAGUAUACAUUUCGAGGCAAGGCAAGGCAAGGCAAGGCCACAAUGAACAACAUGACAAUGGCGAUGAGGAGGCGACCUGAAAUCCUUCGAUUGUUGUGUCGCACUAUAAUGUCAGCGUCUUCCUCUUCUGAGCAGAUCGUUAAGUCUUGCUCUUCCGAUGAGAUGAUAAAGUAUGAACAAGAGUACAGUGCUCAUAAUUAUCAUCCAAUUCCUGUGGUUUUUUCCAAGGCAAAGGAUGUACAUGUAUGGGAUCCUGAGGGUCGCAAGUAUUUGGAUUUCCUUUCAGCUUACUCGGCGGUUAAUCAAGGACAUCGCCAUCAAAAGAUUUUGGAUGCAUUAGUUGAACAAGCGCAGCAGAUGACUCUCAGCUCUAGAGCUUUCUACAAUGACAAAUUUCCUGUCUUUGCAAAGUAUCUUACGAACUUGUUUGGCUAUGACAUGGUGCUUCCGAUGAAUACUGGAGCUGAGGGUGUUGAAACAGCUCUAAAACUGGCAAGGAAAUGGGGUUAUGAGAAGAAAGGCAUUCCAAAAAAUGAGGGAAUUAUUGUUUCUUGCUGUGGCUGUUUCCAUGGCCGCACUUUGGGUGUAAUCUCAAUGAGUUGUGACAAUGAAGCUACCCGUGGGUUUGGGCCGUUCCUCCCUGGUCAACUUAAAGUGGACUUUGGAGAUGUUUCUGCCCUUGAAACUAUUUUUGAAGUGCAUGGGGACAAGGUUGCUGGAUUUCUCUUUGAACCCAUUCAAGGAGAAGCAGGAGUCAUUCUUCCACCAGAGGGCUAUAUCCAAUCGGUCAGGGAACUUUGCUCAAAAUAUAAUGUUUUGAUGAUUGCUGAUGAAAUACAAACCGGCAUUGCUCGGACAGGAAAGUUAUUAGCAAUUGAUUGGGAAGGUGUCCGGCCUGAUGUAGUUAUUCUAGGAAAAGCAUUGGGUGGAGGAGUGCUCCCAGUAAGUGCUGUGCUCGCUGACAAGGAUGUGAUGCUUUGCAUAAAGCCUGGUGAACAUGGAAGUACGUUUGGAGGAAACCCACUGGCAAGUGCUGUCGCUAUAGCUUCACUUGAAGUUGUUGUAGAGGAAAAACUGGCUGAGAGGGCUGUUGAGAUGGGACAAGUCUUUAGGAACCAGUUCUUGGAUCUUCAGAAUGCACACCCAGACAUCAUAAAGGAGGUCAGAGGACGGGGAUUGCUAAAUGCUGUGGAAUUAAAUGCAAAGGGAUUAUCUUCCGUUUCUGCUUUUGACAUAUGUCAACAACUGAAGGAAAGGGGAAUUCUAGCAAAGCCUACACAUGACACUAUUAUCAGAUUUUCUCCUCCUCUUACAAUCAGAUUAGAGGAACUGAGCGAGGCAGUCAAGGCAUUUAAAGAGGUUCUGGAGCAUGAUUUACCCAAGAUGCGCCAACAAUUACAGGGUUCUGUUACUGAGCACAAACCUAGUGCAUGUGAUCGUUGUGGCCGGCAUAAAUACUAAGAUACCAGCAACAGAUCUUUGAAGAGGAAUCAAAUUGUUUUCAUGAGUAUAAAUAAUAUCCUCGAAGCAAGCUCUUUGUUUGUAAUCUAUAAAUAACACAUGGUUGAGAUGAAAGUACUCUUAUGGGUUUGGUAUUUACCCUUUCCAUUCCAUGGACUGAUUAUUAAAAUUAUGUAUCUUGGGCACUGUUUUGAAUUUCGUUAUUUGCGAUCUCACUUCCAAAUACCCUUCCAAGUAUCAUUUUUAUAUUGAUUUCCAUAAAUUUGUACAUCCUUAUAUAUAAUGAUAUAAGCGAUGUCAAGGGCAUUAAAUUUUGUUAA